UAAAGAUGGAAAGGAGGAAUUGGAGAAAGAAAAGGCCAUCCAAUUCAAUGGUUUGGGACGAUUGAUUGAUUCUAGAGCGUUCAGUUCAAACAGGAGCGAUUGUUUAGAGUUUAGAAAGAUAUAGAUGCCUGUGGCGGUAACGAUACCCAGUUAUCAGCACCGCGUCUACGCUUCACUCUUUGCCAUCGCCAAGGCCAACAAAACCAUGGCCAGCACCAGCAAUUCUUCUGGAGCCUUCACCACACUCCAAGACAAAGUCACUUUCGAGAAAGAGAUCAAAAAGAGCAAGUUCAUCGCCAUUGCUGGCCCCAUCUCCGACCAAAAUUCCGCCAUGUCUUUCCUUUCCCAGGUCCGGGAUCCACGUGCCACCCACAAUUGCUGGGCUUAUAAGGUGGGGGAUCAAUUCCGGUCUAAUGAUGAUGGGGAACCUUCAGGAACCGCUGGGAAACCAAUUCAAUCUGCUAUUGAUUCUUCAGGAAUAGAUAGAGUAAUGGUGGUUGUGAUCAGGCAUUUUGGAGGUAUCAAAUUAGGUACUGGAGGAUUGGUCAGGGCUUAUGGAGGAGUUGCAUCAGAAUGCUUGAGGAAUGCCCCAACUUGCCUUGUGAAAACUAAGGUGCCAAUGGGUUUAGAGGUUCCCUUUGACCUAAUUGGAGUUCUCUACCAUCAGCUGCAGUCUUUUCACGUGGAAGACAUCAAGCAGGAUUACGAUACUGGUAAAGAUGGCAUAACUAUGGUUACAUUUAAAGUUGAUUUUGACCAAGCUGAGAAAUUGGAGGAUGCACUGAAAUCUCAUUGUAGCAGAGAAUUGAAGUUUUAUAAACGUUGAGACAUGAGAUGAGACUUGGGAUUUUGAUUAUAUUUUUCUCAUAUAUGGUUUGAUGCUUCUUCAUCUCUAGGCUUUGACUAAUUUGCAGAUGAGAUCUAACUUGUUUACAGAAUAGCUUUAAAAACUAAAAAGUAUUUGUAUGUAAUUUUCUAAUUGUAUUACAUAAUUUGUAAAUUCAGUACAAAUUACAACAAAUUAUCUGGAGUUUAAUUUACUUAUUUACAGAGAAUA